AUGGGCUCAACAUUAGUCGAAACAAUUAAUAUCAAUGCUAAAGAUUUUACUGAACAUUUUUUAACAUGUUCAACAUGUAUUAAUCAAUUUUCAUCUGAUUCUUAUGAUCAUCAACCAAAAUUAUUACCAUGUUCACAUACAGUUUGUCGACAAUGUUUAGAACGUAUUGUUAAUUCUCAACCAAGAUCAGAUGCUAUUAAAUGUCCAAUCUGUCGUGAACAUAUUUUAUUACCUAGAGGUGGUGUUACUUCUUUUCCACCAUCGUUUAUUGUUAAUCAAUUACUUGAUUUACUGGUUCGUUUACGACGUGAUGUUGUACCAAAAUGUAAUUUACAUACAAAUGAAGAAUUAUUAUUUUGUGAAACAUGCGAUAAAAUUUUUUGUCAAUUAUGUGAUCAACAUCAAAUAUCAGCUGAACAUACUAUUGUACCAUUUUCAUUAGCUAUUAAACGGAUGAAUGAAAUUUUAUUUUUUAAAGCAUCAAAAACUAUUAACUGUUUGGAUCAUGCACUUGAAGUUGUUAAUAAUGAAGUUAAGCGACUUGAUAGUAGUAUGGAAAAAGCUGCUGAAGCAAUUAAUCGAUCAUUUAAUGAAAUAAAAAGUUAUGUAGAAAAUCGUCGACAUCAUUUAUUACAAUCACUUAAAACAACAAAAGAUCAUAAAUUAAAAAUUUUAAAUGAUCAAUUAAAUGUUAUAAUAAAUGAAAAAAGUAAAAUUGAACAUGAAUGUGCUGUAUUUCAACAAGCAUCCGAUAUACAUAUAUUAACUCAACGUAUACAAGAAUUAAAUGAUCGUAUUGAACGUAUGACAUUAUUAAGUGAACCACGAGAAAAUUCUUUUAUGAAAUUUGAAUUUCGUCAUAAUCAAGCAUUACAAGAUUUAGCACGUUCAUUAAAUAGUGUUGGUCGUAUACGUGUAUCAGCAACAUAUCCACCAUUAUGUACAGCUAAAAUUGAACCAGCUGUUGCUAAUCUUCAAUGUGCUAUUCAUAUUGAGACAGUUGAUUAUAAUGGAAAUGUACGUGUUGAUGGUGGUGAUCCAUUAACAGUUAAUAUUUAUGAUCCAUAUGGAAAAUUAUGUGAAUAUAAUUUACAAGAUAAACAAUGUGGAAAAUAUACAAUUAUGUUUCGUCCAUUAAUAAGUGGAAAUCAUAAAAUUGAUAUACGAAUAUUUGAUCGACCUAUAUCAGGUUCACCAUUUACUGUUGAUGUAACGAAACAUAAUAAUCCAUUAUGGUCAUUUGGUAAACGUGGUCGUGGUGAUAAUGAAUUAUCAAUGCCGGUGAGUGUUAUUGUUAAUGAUAGUACAGAACGAGAACAAAUCUAUGUACUCGAUCCGGGAAAUAGUCGAAUCAAAUGUCUGACACAAGAUGGAAAAUUUAUUGGGCAUCUAGCAACUGAUACUCUUCUUGAACCAACAAGUACAGGUCUUGCAUAUAAUACUUCAGCAUCAACAUUUUAUUUACUUGAUUGGAAAAGUAAACUUAUAACUGAAUUUUCUUUAACAAAUUUUAAUACAUCAUUAAUUGAAAAUAGUCAGAUUAAUAUCAAUAUAAAUUAUCAAAUAACAUGUUCAUCAUUUAAUGAACCUGUUCAAAUAACUUUAUUUAAUCAACAUCGUAAUUCAUUACUUAUAUGUGACAAUAAUAUAUUAUUUAUUGUUAAUAAUCGUACAGGUGAUUUAAUAAAUACAAUUGAUAUACGUACAUUAGGUAUUAAAACAAUAAAAGCAUUUACAAUUGGUUUACAAGAUGAAAUUAUAAUAAGUGAUCAUCGUAUACAUAUAUUAUCAUAUGAAGGCAAAUAUUUACGACAAAUAUUACCAAUAACACAACAACAAAUUGUUGAUGUUGAUGUACAUAUUUCUCAUCAACCACCAGAUCUUAUUCCAUCAAAUUAUAAACAACAACAAUUACGAAGUUUAAUAUCGGAUCAAACAAAAUCUACUAAUAAUUUAAUAUCAAAAGGAGGAUUUUAUACAGCACUUUGUGUAGAUAAAAAUGGUCUUUUAUUAGCAGGAAAAUGUGAAAAAGAUGGUAAUGCUCAUAUUGAAAUCUAUGAUAAUCAAGGUCAUUUAUUACGUAUUAUUGAUUCACAUAGUCAACGUUUACGACGACCUUGUUCAUUAGCUACAACAAGUGAUGGUUGUGUACUUUGUGUUGAUUUAACAACAGAUUCAAUACGAAAAUAUCGAUAUACUUAA